AUGAGCAAGGAAACCUCAACAAAAGAAAUGAAAGAUGUAUCAAAACUACAAGAAGAGGAAGCAAAGCCUCAACAAGUGAAAAAGGAUACUCAAGACAAAAUAGAAACUUCAAAAGAGAAGAAGAUCAACAACAAGAGGAAGGAAGAACCGCAACUACCGGUUUCUGAGUCGCCACGGUCCAUCACAUACCAUUCUUCCGGCGGCUCAUUCUCCAGCAGUGAGGCCCCUCCAGUAGGCGCAACGGCGGUCAAAAUGGCGCAGGACGAGCCGGAUAAGGUUGAAGAAGGCAUAGUGAAUGGGGGACGAAAUAGUGGUUACUUGAUGUCCAAGAAAGAGGCCAAGUUGAGCAUGGUAUUGCUAGGGCUCAGAAUUACUACAUUUGUGUUCUGUUUGGUGUCAUUUUCAGUGUUAGCUAAUGAUACCAAUAAAGGGCCAUUUUCUCGCUCAUUCUAUGCAUAUACGGAAUUCAACUGUUGCCUGGCAGCAAAUGUGAUCGGGUGUGCGUAUACUCUGGUGCAAAUAUGUGAACUCGUGAAGUAUUUGAUCACUAAAAAACACACUGGAAACACCAAACUGAUUCGUAGCAUCACUUUUGCUAUUGAUCAAGUCUUGACAUAUUUGUUACUGGCAGCAGCAACCUCAGCUGCCGGUGUAAUCUCAGCAAUCAAUACAUCCCGAGAGCUGCAAUAUCUGUUUUCUGUAGUAAUUCCAUCUGAAUUCGUUGACAUGGCUACUGCAUCUGUGGUUUUGUCCUUCCUUGCUUUUAAGUCAUUUGCCAUGGCCACUCUUCUCUCUGGUUACAUCCUUUGCAAGUUCAACUACUAA